AUGAAUUCAACAGCGAGCAAUAUAACGGCAACUCCACCUGUCGAUACGUUCGAAACUAUAUUUUUUAAAGCAACAAGUGCAAUUCAUAAAAGUGCAGAUCCAAAUUUAAUAAAUUUAUUCUGUUCAAAAGUCAAUUCAGAACCCGAAGGUCAUCAUCAAGCAAUUCGUUUAAUAUCUCAUAAAAUUCAAUCCCCACAAGAAUAUGAAGCAUUAAGAACAUUAGAAUUACUUGACGUUUGCGUUCAACGUUGUGGAAGAAGAUUUCAUCAAGAAAUUGGGAAAUUUCGUUUUCUCAAUGAAAUGAUUAAACUUGUUUCACCUAAAUAUUUAGCAAAUCAUACAUCAGAAAAAGUUAAGAAAAAAGUUAUUGAACUUUUAUAUUCGUGGACACAAAGUUUACCAAGUGAAACUAAAAUAAAUGAAGCAUAUCAAAUGUUAAAACGUCAAUCAAUUAUAACUGAAGAUCCUACUUAUGUUAUUAAAUCAUCAACAACAGUUUUACCUCAAAAAACUAAAUCAAUAUUUGAUGCUGAUGAAGAAAAAAGCAAAACUCUUCAACGUUUAUUAAAAAGUCGAAAACCUGAAGAUCUUGAACAAGCGAAUGCAUUGAUUAAAAGUCUUGUGAAAAAGGAUGAAGAAAAAAUUGAAAAAUUAUCAAAUCGAGCAACUGAAUUAGAAAAAGUUCAAAAUAAUGUUCGAGUUUUAUCUGAAAUGCUCAUACAUUAUAAUCAUUCGACGGUUACUGAAGCUGAAAAGGAAACAAUGAGUUACUUACAUGAAGAAUUAGAAAAAUUUCGACCUAUUUUGUUUCGAUUAGCAACUGAAAGUGAAGAUGGAGAUGAAGGACUCGGUGAAAUAUUAUCUGCAAGUGAUUCAUUAUCGCGAGUGUUGGCACAAUAUGAUCGAUUAGUUCGACAAGACAAUGAUAAUAAAGAUGAUACUGUUCUUCCUUUAUUUGAUAAUAUUCUUCCUGUUUCAGCCAGUUCUGAUCCGCAUACAUUAAUUGAUUUAGCUGACAAUUCACAUAAUCCAACCAAUAACAUAAAAUCUAGCACAAAUGAACUUGAUGAACUAUUUGGAUCAAUAGCGGUCAGUUCUGAUAAUAAAAUUCAUAUAGAAUCAUCGAAUUCAACUGGAAAUCUUAAUCCAAUUGAUGAUUGUUUACCAAUUUUUCCAAUAACAAAUGCAAAUAAAACAACUUCAUCAAUAACAAAUACAAAUGAAGGAGCAACCACAAAAAAAGGCGAACUUUUUCAUGAUUUGCAAGAUCUUCUUUUUGAUCAAUCGACAGGACAAAAGAUUUCGUCAACUAAAACUUCAUUUCAAACAAUAGGCUCAAAUCAAAAUAAAAUUCCAUUAAAUGAAAUAAAAGGUUCUUCGUCAUUAAAAUCUUUAGAAACUGAAUAUGUAUUUCCAAUAAUAUCUCUUGAAUCGAUUCGUCCUUCAUCAGUUAAUCCAUCGAUAAAUAUAAAAUUAAUUCAUCAAACAGGUGUUCAUUGUGUUCUUCAUAUUGCUCGUGAUUCUCCUCGUCCAGAUGUUAUUGUUAGUGUAUUAUCUGUUACUAAUACAAAUACUUCAAAUGCAAUUAAUAAUUUUCAUUUUCAAGCAGCUGUACCUAAAAAUAUGCGAAUUAAAUUACAAAAUCCAUCAGCAAGUGAUUUGCCUGUAUACAAUCCAAUAUUACCAGCACAAGCUAUUACACAAAUUUUAAUUGUAUCAAAUCCAAAUAAAGAAUCAGCUCGACUCAAUUAUAAAUUAAGUUAUUAUUUAUCAGGCGAACAAAUAAAUGAAUCGGGUGAAAUAGACAAUGGAUUUCCUAGUUCGAUUGAUCUUAUUUAA